AUGGUCACCACACAACCCUUCCCUCGACUCCUCGCCGCUGAAAUAGACGGUCGCUGUCAGAACAUCCGAUAUCGCCAGAACCAAUUCCAUCGGUUACAAUCCGCUUUAGUCCAGAACAUCGAUCAAAUCAAGGAUGCCAUCGCUGUGGAUUCAGGGCACUCAUCGGAGGAAGUUCGCGCAGAAAUCUGCCUUGCUAUAAAGGAGAUCCGGACACAUUAUGCGUCAUUGGAUUUGAAGAAAGACCUCGAGGUGGAGUAUCGUGUUGCGAACGGGAGGGAUAAUACGGAUGGGAAACGGGGGGUGGGUAUUGUGUAUAUUGUGCCGUGUUCGCAUACGAUGUUUUUCUCGGUUUUGGCCGCACUGAGCGCUGCUGUUGCGGCGGGGAAUUGUGUCGUUCUUGAGUUGAUGAAGAAUACCAUGGCAUUGCCGGGUGUGUUGAAGAAGAUCCUGCCGCAAGCGCUGGAUGCAGAUACAUUUGCGAUUAGCGAGGAGAGACCGGAUAGUGCAUUCCUGAAGAGGGUGCAUAUGGUUGUGCAGAAUGAUUCUGUUCCCUUUUCGAGAAAUACUCUUUCUUCACCCACCUCAUCCAGAACAGUCGCGUUGGUUGACCGGACGGCCAAUAUCUCCGCCGCCGCAGAGGCAUUGGUAUCCGCGCGAUUCGCUUUCGGCGGUCGCUCAACAUACUCUCCGGACGUUGUGCUUGUGCAGGAGUUUGCAAUGAAAGAAUUUGUGGAGGCGAUCAUCCAGCGAGCGUCAAAGUAUCUAGGUGGCCAGAAUGGAGAGGCCCGGCAGACGGUUGUCAAUCCGCGACGAGCGAGCUCGGGUAUCUCGUUGCUGGAUGCAGCGCAUAAGGAUGCAAGUGCGCGGGUGAUAGUUUCUGGUUCGGAGUGGGGUGUGGUAGAAGUGCUUGAUCGUAGGAAAUCGUCUCUUCUGCAGAGAAAGGUAUCAGAGAAGGUCCUGGUCCUGCAUCCGGUGACGAGUCUGGAUGAUGCUAUUGAUUUCAGUAACUCAUUGGGAACCCUGGCUGCGACAUAUGCUUUCGCGGCCCCGGCAGCAGCCAAGUAUUUAACUCAGUUCAUCGACUCGUAUAGCUCUUGGGUCAACCACGUCCCUACUGAUUUGCUCAUUGGCCCCGCAUACCCAAUUAACCAACCAACCUCCCGCGAAACCCGCUACUCGAUAUCAUCCUUGCAAAUCCCACGCCCUCAGUUCGUCACAGAAACAAGCAACACCGCUCUUGUUCGAGAAAUAAUCAGCACUGCAGUUGGACACAGCACAAAGUCCAAUGACGCGUGGCGCGAGGCAUUGGCGCCACUUCCCCCGAUCGGACAAGCGGAGGGCAAGAGAAUCGGAUUCUUUGAGCAGGGGAUUAUCACUGGCGGUGUCAUUACGCUGUUUUCGCUUGUGGCUACGCUUUCGACGCUCGGAAUAUAUGGGUAUGCGGCUGUGAGGAGAUUAGGGGCUUGAUGUUGGGGUUUGUAGAUACUGGUGGGAUCUAUCCACCUUUCCGGUCACAGAGGUGACCGGGAGAUAUCUCUUUUGGUCUGCUUGGGAGUUUCUGCAUAUACUGUCUU